AUGUUACGCCUACCACCAACUACACUCUCCUUAACCAUAGCAGAGGUUAAGGAGUUUGAACGUCAUCUUCGAUUUAAGAAGUAUCUUGUUAAAGAAGAUACUCUAGGUAAAUUGCCUAUACGUACCAAGACAACCAUUCCUGUAGCUAAGAGCAGCGAGACGGAAUAUAACGUUUUAAACCAAUCAACCCCAGAACUCAUCUCCAAGAGGUCGUCUACCACAAGCGUUAAAGAAAGCUCUAAACUUCUAGCAUGCCCGUCCCGACCACCAAAGCCCGGCGGCGACUCUGUUGAAAGUAACUCGCAGGGUAUACCAUCUUCCUCGCAAAGUGGUACCCCAAGCUCCUCGAACUUGUCGCAUCCUAUAACCUGGGGAAACUUGCCAACGACGCUACCUCCGCCAUUCUCGAAAGAAAAACGGGCCGUAUCAGAUGCGCAAUCACUACCCUCGAACUCUAGCAGCAUGCAUGUGAAGCCUCGCCGCGACAGCUCCAGCCAGGAACCACCAGAAACGCCCCCUAGACGAUCCUCUCUUCGGAUGGCGCAUACUGACGUUCGGACGGGUUCCCUAUCCCUUACAAGUAGGAGACGACUUGUCAGUUCAGCAGUUAGAUUUGUAGAGUCUAUCGUCCGUUCUCCAGGGCGUGGUUCUCCGUCCCCAUCACCAUCGCCGCACGCUAGUAGCUCCGAGACUGGUUCUCCAGCGCGGAGGGAUGAGCUAGAACCAAUAAGCGGGACGGAACUUGGGUUUAUAAUUUACAACGACUCUCUUCCAGCAUCGUCGCAGCCGCAGACACCACUCAAUCUCCCAGAAACACGCCACCAAAGCCGUCUUCACGGAGCGUACACUGCGCCUGUUCCACGGGUAGCCUCUCGACCGGCAUACAGGUACAACACCGUGAGGGGAAUGGGGGAUACCACCAGCAGUCUAUCCGGUCUGGAGACACCCGGAUUCCGAGGUCUCUACAGCGGCCGAGAGAAUACCGAAGACUCAACGCUGUUCUAUGAGGCAUCGAUAUUUCAGGAAGAAGGCCCAGUAGAAGGUGAACAAGAUUGA